AUGGCCAACUCGAGGGAUGUUCCUCAGGUGAGCCGCAGGAUAAGUGAGGUUCUGCCCGAAGAUGAUCGACACGAUGGUUCUAGCAGUGAGGAUGACUACAACAGGAAGAUAGAAGUCGUCUUCGACAAUGAAGCUGUCCGCAGACGAAAAUCCUCCACCGUACUUGCGGAAACUCCUGUAGUUGAGAAGCCGAAGAGGAUUCAGGCAGAGCGCACCAAAUCCCAGUGCUUGGUCCACAAUCUGGUCGAGAAAAGCUCGUUCAGUCAACCCAAAGUCGAAUCGAAGCUCGAACAGAUCGACGAAUUAGAGCCUGCGUCAAAGUUGGAUGGCAAUGGUCAGGAUUCGGUUCAAGAGGACAACCGUGCGACAGAAUCCCGCCUACUCACGAAGAAACAAUUGAGUGACAUGGCCAUGAGCGUGAGAACAAUGGCCAAGAGAUUGAGUAGUUUAAAGGUCAAACUGAGGGUCAGGGCCAUCUUUCUGCUCACCAAGAUCUAUGACAAGACAUUGAUUACCAAAACGAAAGAGGUGACGAGGUGGUUGCUUUCCAAGGACAGAUCUGUACCUUACAUUGUAUAUGUCGAGGACAGCUUGAAAGACAACCCGGCAUUCGAUGCUGAGGGUAUUUGUGCCGAGGACCCUUCCUUUCGAGAGCGUCUGAGGUAUUGGGAUGCUGAACUGGCUCGGAGGCAUCCACAUACCUUUGACUUUGUGAUCACACUGGGCGGUGACGGGACAGUCCUUUAUGCGAGCUGGCUGUUCCAAAGAGUCGUACCACCUGUGCUAUCCUUCGCACUAGGCUCAUUGGGGUUCCUCACAAAAUUUGACUUUGACAGCUAUCAGCACAUCCUCUCGCAGGCCCUUAAGGAUGGUGUAACGAUCAGUUUGAGAUUGCGAUUCGAAGGCACUGUUAUGCGGUCCCACAAGCGAGUCGACGACGCAGAACAUCGAGAUAUCGUGGAAGAACUGAUCGGAGAGGAAGCCGAUGAUCGAAAUACCCAUAAACCGGACGCGACGUUUGAGAUCCUGAACGAUAUCGUGGUUGACAGGGGCCCCAACCCGACAAUGUCAACCAUUGAACUUUUCGGAGAUGAAGAACACCUUACGACUGUGCAAGCAGAUGGGAUUUGUGUCGCCACUCCCACCGGAUCCACUGCGUACAAUCUUGCUGCUGGGGGCUCACUAUGCCAUCCCGAGAAUCCUGUUAUUCUCGUCACAGCGAUCUGCGCCCAUACUCUGUCAUUCAGACCGAUUAUCCUGCCCGACACUAUUGUUCUUCGACUGGGUGUCCCCUUCGAUGCACGGUCGAACUCGUGGGCAAGUUUUGACGGGCGGGAGAGAAUUGAGCUAUUUCCAGGCGACUAUGUGACCAUAUCGGCCUCUAGAUAUCCGUUUGCUAACGUCAUGCCACCUGGGCGCCGAAGUGAAGAUUGGGUAAACAGCAUUUCCAGGACCUUACAGUGGAACUCCAGACAACGGCAAAAGGCGUUUCAUGAAUGGGACGGUAAAACGACGGUGAAAGAAGAAUUCAAGGGAUGA